GCUGCCGGCGGCGCCGGGGAGGGAGGUGGAGGUGGGGGCGCGCCCCGCGGGGCCUGAGGGCGGCCGGAGCCUCGAGGUAGCGGCGGCGGCGCGGGGGGCACCGCUGCGGGGUGUCCCCUCGCCGGGGGCGGCGGGCUCGGCCCGCUGCCGGGUGGCCAAGGGCUCCAGUGCUCCGAGCCGGGCUCCUCCUCCUCUUCCUCUUCUUCCUCCUCUUCUUCCCCGAUUAGUUCCUUCUGAAAUCAAACACUUGGACAGAAAAAUGACAUCGAUUAUCAAGCUGACCACGCUUUCAGGGGUGCAGGAGGAAUCUGCCCUGUGCUAUCUAUUGCAAGUAGAUGAAUUCCGUUUUCUUUUGGACUGUGGCUGGGAUGAAAACUUUUCUAUGGACAUUAUUGACUCCCUAAGGAAACAUGUACACCAGGUUGAUGCUGUUCUCCUUUCUCAUCCUGACCCUCUACACCUUGGUGCUCUCCCAUAUGCAGUUGGAAAAAUGGGGUUGAAUUGUGCCAUUUAUGCAACUAUUCCUGUAUAUAAAAUGGGACAGAUGUUUAUGUAUGACCUCUAUCAGUCCCGCCAUAAUACUGAAGAUUUCACACUCUUUACGUUGGAUGAUGUAGAUGCAGCCUUUGAUAAGAUACAACAGCUCAAGUUUUCUCAGAUUGUGAACUUGAAAGGCAAAGGACAUGGUCUGUCAAUCACACCAUUGCCAGCUGGUCACAUGAUAGGAGGCACAAUUUGGAAGAUUGUCAAAGAUGGAGAGGAAGAAAUUGUUUAUGCAGUUGAUUUUAACCACAAGAGGGAGAUCCAUCUGAAUGGAUGUUCUUUGGAAAUGUUGAGCAGGCCUUCAUUGCUUAUUACAGAUUCAUUUAAUGCUACUUAUGUACAACCCAGGAGGAAGCAACGGGAUGAGCAGCUACUGACUAAUGUUUUGGAGACGUUACGAGGUGAUGGAAAUGUAUUAAUAGCUGUGGAUACAGCAGGCAGAGUUCUGGAACUUGCUCAGCUUCUUGAUCAGAUCUGGAGAACAAAAGAUGCAGGAUUAGGAGUCUACUCGCUAGCACUUCUGAAUAAUGUCAGCUACAAUGUAGUGGAGUUCUCUAAAUCACAGGUUGAAUGGAUGAGUGAUAAGUUGAUGAGGUGCUUUGAAGACAAGCGAAACAAUCCUUUCCAAUUCCGCCAUCUCUCCUUAUGUCAUAGUCUUUCUGAUCUGGCUCGAGUGCCUAGUCCAAAAGUUGUUCUUGCCAGUCAACCUGAUUUAGAGUGUGGGUUUUCAAGAGAUCUUUUCAUUCAGUGGUGCCAGGAUUCCAAAAACUCUAUAAUUUUAACUUACCGCACUACACCUGGAACAUUAGCACGAUUCCUGAUUGAUAAUCCUUCUGAGAAAGUCAUAGAUAUUGAGUUGAGAAGACGUGUCAAGUUGGAAGGAAAAGAACUUGAAGAAUACCUAGAAAAGGAGAAACUAAAGAAAGAAGCGGCUAAAAAGUUAGAACAGUCUAAAGAGGCAGAUAUCGAUUCCAGUGAUGAGAGUGAUGCCGAAGAAGAUAUUGAUCAGCCAACUGUACAUAAGACCAAACAUGAUUUGAUGAUGAAGGGUGAAGGUAGCCGGAAAGGAAGCUUCUUCAAACAAGCAAAGAAAUCUUAUCCAAUGUUUCCAGCCCCUGAAGAAAGAAUUAAAUGGGAUGAAUAUGGCGAGAUUAUCAAACCUGAAGAUUUUCUGGUUCCAGAACUUCAGGCAACGGAAGAAGAAAAAAGCAAAUUAGAGUCUGGUUUGACAAAUGGAGAGGAGCCUAUGGACCAGGAUUUAUCAGAUGUUCCCACCAAAUGUAUUUCAGCAACAGAAUCCAUGGAAAUUAAAGCUAGGGUUACAUACAUUGACUAUGAAGGACGCUCAGAUGGAGACUCAAUUAAAAAAAUUAUUAACCAAAUGAAACCAAGACAAUUGAUCAUUGUCCAUGGACCACCUGAAGCCAGCCAGGACCUUGCAGAAUGUUGCAGAGCUUUCGGUGGAAAAGACAUUAAAGUUUACAUGCCAAAACUACAUGAAACUGUAGAUGCAACCAGUGAAACUCAUAUUUAUCAGGUCAGGUUAAAAGAUUCUCUUGUCAGCUCCCUUCAGUUCUGUAAAGCCAAGGAUGCUGAGUUGGCUUGGAUAGAUGGUGUCCUGGACAUGCGAGUUUCAAAAGUGGAUACUGGAGUUAUUUUGGAAGAGGGAGAGCUGAGGGAAGAUGAAGACUUAGAGAUGCAAGUGGAUAUGCCUUCUUCGGACUCUAGUGUCAUUGCACAACAAAAGGCCAUGAAAAGCCUCUUCGGUGACGAUGAUAAGGAGAUGUGUGAGGAGAGUGAGAUCAUUCCUACUUUGGAACCUCUGCCACCUCAUGAGGUUCUUGGACACCAGUCUGUGUUUAUGAAUGAGCCAAGACUAUCUGACUUCAAGCAAGUUCUCUUGCGAGAAGGUAUACAAGCUGAAUUUGUAGGAGGAGUGCUUGUCUGCAACAAUCUGGUGGCUGUUCGCAGGACUGAAACAGGGCGCAUUGGAUUGGAAGGCUGUCUCUGUCAAGACUUCUAUAGAAUAAGAGACCUUUUAUACAAGCAAUAUGCUAUUGUCUAAAGGAGGUUCUGCAAAGGUGUUUUUACUUGAACAUGUAAAGAUGAUGAGGAAUUCUCUGUUUUGACUUUUUGUAGUUUUCUAAUUUAUACAAGGGAGAAGUAAUUCAUAAAGAACAGUUAACUAUCCUGAACAUGUAAAUAACUGCUACUGUCACUCUUCAUAAACUUGUUGGUACAUUCCAUGUUCCUGACUCUCAAACUGUUAUGACUUGCCAUCUCCUACGUAACACAUUAUAAAUGAGUUUAUGGCUAUGAACUGUUUCUCAGGAAAGGUUCACAUUGACAGGACGUGUUAUGGUUUGAUAGAUUCCCUGCCAAAGAGUACAAAGUCAUUCUUCUAUUCUAAAAUAAGAUUAAAUAUGGAAGUGGUUUUUGUCCUUUUUGGAAGAGGCUUGAGUCCUUUUUUUGUUUGUUUGUUUUAAAUGGAGUUUAGUUACGUUUUUAAUAGCCCACUUAAAGUUGACUACCUAAAUGUUCCCCCAGUGUUCAUCUGGCCGUGUCUUAAUGUUGUUGCUGUCUGCUCUUACUUGUUUGUUCCAGUACAGCAUUUCAUAUUCUAUAUGAAGUAUUAAUCUGCAGGAUCAAAAAAUUGCUUUGAACAGGUACAUUAAGAAGACUGGAGAAAAUUGUCAGGCAGCUUAAAAUCUAGUGAUUGUGUGCUUCAGAGUAACUUCUGUACAAACUUAUUGAAUUUGUAAUUUCUCGCUUUGCAGAGUUAUGCCAAGUAUAAAAUCUUUUGAGUUCUGAUUUUAAUACUUUCAAAGACUAAGGUCUUUAUCUAUGCAUCGCUGUUUGUUCAGAGUGCCGUGAACCAAGUUCAAGAAGAUCCUUUAUCUGGAGAUCUGAGUUCAUGGGAUGUAUUUAAUGCUUUUGUGCCACGUUUCAUACUAUUGCACGUUUUGACAACGGGAUUUAUUGUAGCUGUUGAUGCUGGAAAUUGUCCUUACUUUUUAGAUGAAGAUGAGUACAAUUUUGUGUGGCUUAAUUUCUCAGAAAUUAAUUUAUGCAUACAAAUGGCCUCUUGAGAGUUCCUUUAAUUCCAUUUUCUCCCAUCUGUGAACCACCAGUUUUGGCAGUGGAGGGUUGCCUUCUUGUUUUUACAUAAAACGGCCAAGUCAUAUGUGCUCUCUGUGUAUAUGUUUAAAUAAAAUCUUUUGACAAAGUGGCAAAAAAAAAAUAGCCCCGUGGGCUAUUAAUGGUAAGAAUUUACCUUGCAAUUCAUUUUUGACUAAUAGUUUAUCUGAUCUACAGAUGAUUUAUACUGUUUAAAAUAGUAACUUGAAAUUGAAGUCCAUGCUUAACAAAACAAAAUAGAAAAAAAAAUCAACUAAGCUGCUAGAACUAGAUACAAAAAAUGUAAAACACUGGAAAAUGUAAUGCAAAAUGAGAAUGUGUUUUGUUACAUGCAAAAAUCUUGGCUACUAAUGACUAAACAGCUCAACCCUUCUUUGGCAACAGUAUAUAAAAGGUUUAUUUUCUAUUACAUUGACAACCAGAACUUCUUAGAAAUGCUCUGGUUUUGUAGCUGUUUUGGCGCAGUACUGUGUAAAUCUAUAUGAUACUGGGUGCUUGCUGGUGAAUACUAUUGUAUUACUGUUGUUGAUACUAAUGAACUUUUAUAAAGUGCAUUCCCUUUUACGUAAUUGUAUUGGCCUUAGAACUUUUAACUUGGAGGCUUGGGGAGGGCAGAGAUCACAUAAGGGUGGUAUGGAAUAUCGAAAUAAAAUUUUAAAGCCUUUAGGAAAUCAAAUUAAAAAUAUGCUGUUCUUAAGAAAGAGGCAAAGACAAGACAGCAUGAUCACAAAACUUUCUAUCUUUUUUUCGUAACUUAUUGUUUCAAAUUCAGUUAAGUUUAACAAAUGUUCAUGUUAUCAAUUACUAAAUCCCCGUGUGUCCUGUUAAAGGACAAAGUAGUGUCAUCACUAAAGAAUAAAGCUCAAGUAUGAACAAAGCAGCUAAGUUUACUUCAUUAGUCUAUUCUGCUUGAAAUAGUCUGGCAUGAAAUGAGACCUAGGAAGCUGAUGCGCAGGGCAACAGUAGUUGUCUGAGCUCUGGGACAGGAAGGCUGGAUUUGUGGGCUGGUGAGAGGGAGGAAGUGGAGUACAGGACAUCUGUAGUAACAUCACAGGCUGCAGCCACGCUGUGAGGCAGGCGUGUGCCUUGGCUACACAUUCCUUACUUGUAAGCACUGUGGAACCAGAACAAAUUCAUGUGAAUGCUACCUAGUCUGCUGUCAGCUUUCUGAUAGAUUAUUAUUAUUUUGUUGUUUUAAACUGUGAUUUGUUUUAAACAAGAAUUGAACUUCUCUGUCUAAUUUUCAGUUACCAGUCUGGUUCUUGCUUGUAUCUGAAAUGAGAUUCAUUUCCGCUCACAUCCAAAAAAUGUUGGUGCUGCUAUGGGCUGUAAGCUUUGUUUUUGACUUCUGCAUUUUCUCCAUAACAGCUACAAUUUAAUAGGGAGUACUAUUCCUUACGUUUCUCUCUUGUGCUUGAGGGCAAGAAUAUUAACUUCAAGUCAAACCUAGCUUUGGUACUUAUGACCAUUUAAAAAAUACUUCCUUCCAAGGGUCUUGAAUAAUUCAGAUUCCAAAGGUGUGCUGACACACAGGAAAGCCUGACACUUGCUGUACGCCACCAUUAAAUUGUGUAGUAUUUGUGGGUAAAUCUUAACUUUUAUAUGCUCUUCUUCCUGUUCCUGUACUACCUUUUAAUUGCAGUCAAGCACUGCUUAUUUUGGAAUAAACAAGCAAGGAGAUGCCCUACAACCCCAUUCCCUCCCCCCAAGUAAUUGUUGUAGAUGGUUCUAUCCCAAAACACAUUUUGCAGAAUCAAGAUUGCUUUAAUAAGGCAUGCCACGUAUUAGUAUUUCAGUUGGGAAAGUGGAGUGUGUUGCUGGGGGAAAACGCUGCAACUACUAAAACUUUCAGAGACUUCAGCAAAAGAAAUUUUAUUGUAAUGAUCUGAAAAAAUGCACAGUAUUCUGUUUCAUGGCUGUUACAUGUUUUUGUAGCUUUAAAAAGGCGGUGGUGAUGAAGAUGAUCAACAGGUCGGCUAUCCAGUAAACAGGAUUUUAGGUCUUGCUCUGAAAACUGUGUAAGGAACUGAUGGUAGUUCCAUAUGCGUUGAAAUUUAUUUUUUAAAACACUUUAUUUUUAAAAAUAUUUCAAAUAGUUUUAGAACUUAUCCUCUGAGACCUUCUGAUUGUUAUGACUCAAGGAGCAAAACAUGCAUCAGUAAUAUUCACUUGGUAAAAGCAACUUGCUGUCGCAUGCCUUUUUUGCUGUAAAUACAGAACAAGAUAGAUAGCUAAGUCAAUGUGAGCAGUACUAGUCUUAAAAAAAUGAAAUACUUUUGAGCUCUGAAAUACUUGCUUAAUAUAGAAGGAAAAUAGAGAAGCAAUAUUCUAAAUAUCUGUUAAUUGACAAGUAUUUUUUCUUACCUGUAGAUAGAAUGUGAAAGUUUGAUAAAUAUGGGAGGUAUGAGAGAACUAUAUUGUUUCAUGCAGUGCGCUAUAAAUUAUAUUCUCCUUGAUAGGUUAUAUAUUACCACUGUGAUACAAAGUAAAAUAAAUUACAGCAUUUCUGAGUGGAACUUCCAAUAAGCCAUGGAUCUGUUUUCCUUUCCUUGAGAAGAAGGAUCCGUAGAAGCUCAAAACGUUAUGAAGAAGCUAGUUCAGCAUUUGAGCUGUAAGCAGUAAUAACCUGCCUGUUGUUGUAUAAUCCUCUUAGGUGAUGCAAGCUGGAUCUGUGGUUCAGCAGCUGAAUGAUAAUGAGCUAAGCAUCUGCCAAAAAGUAUAGUCUGUCACUGCAGGCUGGUAUUCACAAAUUUUAAUAAUGAGCACAUAGUUGAUUUCAAUAGUAUACUUGUUUUCUCAGAUAUUACUCAUUUUCAGUGCAAGUUUUCUGAAAUGCUGCAAGCCUGUCCAAAAGGUAUUUCCGAGGGAGUUCUAAACAAAUUUGGAAAGAUGGUAGUUUCAGUUAAAAAACAAAAACAAAACAACAACAAAAAAACACGUUUCUGUGCAACGCAGCCCAAGGUUGACAUCAGUACCCUAAAAUUGGCUUUGGAGAAUUACAGAAGGAAAUCAAAGGGGAGGGUUUCUCAUGUGGUAAUGUGGCUAUGGUGCCCUCGCUGAUACUUAAGAUGAAGUAAAGAAAGCCUUAUAUUUAUUGUCAAAUAUCGAUGGCAUAACUUUUGCAGCAAAGUAACUAUUCCAUCUCCAAUGUGGAAAGGAUUUUUUUUAGAUACGACCACAAUUAUUCUCUUUGUGGCUAAUCAGUUUUAUAGAAAUAUUCCAGGUGUCAAUUACAAAGACAACUUUAAAACACAGAUAUUAAUUGAGAGCUCUUGGAGCGUUCAGUUUCUCAUGGAUGAUGUCUUCGUUGGUACCUUCUCAGAGUUGUCAUUUAACUCAGUUGGCCUUUCUGCGAGGAGCCUGGAGUAGUUGUCUCACCAGUUCUAAACCAUAAAAUUGUGGCACCCAGCACAAUGCCAUCCUUGACUGGUUUAUAGCUAUGUAAAUCAGAACAAAAACAUGAUCUAGUGAGAGCCACCUUAAGUCACUGAAAAUGAGUUCCUGCUAAGAAAAAAUGUUUAAUAGCUGAAAGCUAUUUUUUUAUUAGGGUUUGUUUAAAGUUGUUGUUUUAUGGAAUGCCAUUGCAGUUAUUCUAAUCUGCGGAAACUGCUGCUUCUUCUCAUGAUGUCUCUAGUUUAGUAGGAAGAACAAUCAGCUGCAGGAGUUCCUAGUCAGGUAUCAGCAAUAAUAUUUUCCGUGAAAAAUAUUUCACAGUAAUUGCUUCAAAGUUGAUCUUUUUCUUUCCCCCUUCUAAACCAACCAGAUAAGCUCUAUAGCAUGCUCAUCUCAGUGUUACUUGCAGUGUUUCUCAGAAAUAAUUCUGAAGAAGGGUGGGUAAUUUCUUGUUAUCUUUAGUAAUACUCAAAUGGUUUAGAAAAAUUGCACAAAGGAUUUUGAAGGAUUUUUGAAAGAAAUUGAAUGUAGGUAGAACUUGGUCGUCCCUAGCACUCAGUAAUUGUCACCUGUUUCAUCUCUCUAUCAGUUAGGAUGCAGUGGUAGAAACAAGCUUUUAAGGGUCACUUUCUGAUGACAUUGUACAAAAAGCUAUUCAAGUUUAAAAAAAAAAAACACAGUCUAGCUAACUGGUCUGUUACAGAUGCUUCAGGAUGUGAACCUGAAAAUGUCUUCGUGAUGUAGAUUCUCUCAAAAAAGUGGGAGGUAGGACAUAUGACAAUGUUGCCACCUAUUUUGCAAUUUUAUCACAUGCCUGGGGCAACGGUUGUAGUUUAUCCAAGUAAUUAUUUUUAUUAGGACAAUAUUGGCAUCUUCUCCUGUUUCCAAGGAAUGUGUUAAGCUGCUGGGGGAAGGGGAACCCCGAGCAUGAUGUGAUCAAUACUUGAUACGUUAUUGGCAGGUGCUAUGCAAGCCAUAAUAAUGAACAAUUUCGUAAAAAUCAGUGGGGAAUUAUUUUUUUUUUGCCAUUUUGCUGCUCCUGAAGAAGCAGCACAGCUGGCAGAGCAUAUUGCCCGUCACCAUGCCAGGCUUGGCACUUGAAAGUCCGCCAGAUCGCUUUGUGCUGUUGUGCUAGCCACGGAGCGAUUGGCAGUGUGCAACGGCACAAAGAUAAUAGGCAUUUCAUUUUUUGCCCUGUGUAGGAUCACAAGAGUUAAUAGUGCAUUUCAAGAGAGUCCGGUCUACUUUGUGAACCUAGUAGGUACUUGCAUUGCAUUACCUGCUUAGGCUAGCCUCUGUGCUGCAGGAAUCUAUAGAGAAAUUCUGGUUUUGAUGUAUCCUGGUAAAAUUUCUGUUAGUAUCAAAGUUUGGAGUCACUCUGUAUAGCUAGCUUUUCAUGUUUUAUGUAAUUUUGUUAUGCUUCAGUAUUUCUUUCAUAAUCUCCCUGAUUUUACUAAUGCACAAUAUUGCAAAUGCAGUAUAAAACUAGUCAACAGACUUUAAAUCAUUUGUGUAUCUCUAAACCUCUUAUGCUGAUUAAAAGUGUUAAGGCUAUUAGUAUUUUUUAUGUAACUGGGUCUAAAUUUAGUUUGUUAGAGUCAAAAACCACUCUGGUUUUGCAAGCCAUGAUCCUAAUCUGCUUCCUGGGGAGUUGAUGGCAACAGUUCUUCAGUUCAGCUUUUGUGUUUGUGAAUCGAUGACUUGAGCAGUUAACAUCGUGUUUAUCAAAGAAAUUCAUAGCGACUUUUCAUAGUUCUCAUUUCUCUUCCAGAAGUGUCAAAAUACUACUUUUGUUCUUGUAUGAAAUGGCAUUUUAAUUACUUCUGGUACUGUUUUCAUUAGUUCUCGAUGUUUUUGAAAUGUGGUCUGAGUUACGAUGUGCCCAUACGCUACUGCUUCGUCCCUGGGAGGAGGGGACUGCUGAAAUUUCAGCUUGUGUUAAAUUCUUCUGGUUCUUGGUCAGAGCAAAGAAAACAAAAUGCUAUACUGGAAAAAGUAGAAAUCAUGUAUAGUCCAUACCUCCCAAACCCAAUAACUGUAAAAUAUCAGAAUGGCAGCCUCAUGCUCUGAAACUAUACUUGUUUGUUCAUUCUGUGCAGCCCGUUUGCACUGUUUUAACAACUUAAUUAUAAUUUGAUUGCUUUUUACAUAAUGCCAUCAUAAAUUAAUGACCUUAUUUCCUUUAAUAUUGUGCGUUGUCUUUGCUCAGUCAAGAUCUGUGGUACUAAUUGCAAGUUCUAUGUCUAUGAGGAAUCGCUGUAAAAAGCUAGCUUAAAAAAAAUAAAUCUGACUGCAUUGGUAAUUGAGGUAUUAGACUAUAUAGUGAAGCAAAUGGUCAGCUUUGUGUUCGAGGCAACCAUCAGAAAGAUUGAAUAUUUGACUAGUGGUCUUGCUGCUAAUUAUAUAUAAAAGUGCCUUUAAGCUCGUAUACAGAAAUGAGUAAUUUACAUAAUUGUUUUUAACACAAAAUUCAAACUUAUUUCUUUAAUGCUUGUGUGUAUGAUAUCAGAAACAGCUAGAGGCAGCACCGUGUAAGCUGUAUAUACAAGAGUUAAUAAUCGUAUAUCUAACAGUACACAACUUGAGUGCUUCACACUUCUGGUAAUUUUACUCCUACAUUUGCAAGACUAUUCAGCCAAUUGUUUUUUAAGAAAGAAAUAGCUUCCAAAUUAUAUAGUUAUUUCUUUGAUCUGUGAAUGGAAUUUUUCUUUGGCUGUCAGAACGUGUGCUCUAACAAUUUUGAAAUUGUUUUGAAAUAAGCCUCCUAGCUACUGGGGGAAUAGUUUUUCCUUAAAGUUGAGCAGCUUAAAGAAACUAAGCGUCUCCUUGAGACUGGGGAAGGAUAUCUGCCUUGGUGUUCUUGGUUUGGAAGUAAGUUAUAGAUGGAGUGAACAAAGAGCCCUAGACAGUGUAGAAGGUAAGGAAGAAUGUCUAAAACUAAUGACUUUUCAAGGGAGAUGAUGUUCUGCUUUGCUUGAGAGGGUUAUGAAUAUCUUGCCAAUUCUUAUCUAUAAAUUAGGCAUGGGUUUAAGAUUUGGGAGGAGAGACUUUUACUGGCAGAUCUUUCAGUUUCUGCAAGCCUGUCAGGUCAGGAGACGAGAAUGGUGUAUAUGUUUUCCUUCAAGAUAAGAUUAGGUUAGAAUUAUAACCAGCGUCAGAAAGAGUUAGACCUAUUCAUGAAU